CAGCGACGAAUAGGCUGCUCCGCGAUGCUCAAACUCUCCUUGGCCCUUGUUCUCCUGUACUUUGCCGAGUCGACGGCGUACCGAGCACCCAACCUCGGCAGACUCGGCAGAGGCCGCCUCGGCAUAACCACGGCGUCUGGUGACGGCGCAGCCUCUGUGCUGCGUACUACUCGCGCCGCUUCGAUGUCGGCUCGGACCACUGCGAUACGCGCAGAGAAGCCCACGGCGCUGCUGCACGCCGCCGCGCUCGGCGCCGGCACCGCCUGCAUGGGCACCCUGUACGCACGCUGCCUUCGUUUCGCGGUGACUCUCGUCUGGCGCAGGCUGCCGGCCGCACUGCCGCUGGCGGACGCAACGCUGUUUGUACCGGCCGCCUGCACCGUGGGCGGCCUGCUCGUCGGGCUGACCGCGCUGCGGCUGCAGGGCUACACGAUGCCGGAGCUCAUCGCUCGCCUGGUCGGCGCGGCGUACGCGCGGCGCGUGUACGGCGCCGGAGAGCACGCGAUGGCCCGCACCAUGGCCUACGCCGGCGCGGCGGGCGCGCUGACGACCUUCAUCGGCAUGCCGCUCGCCGGAGCGCUCUUUGUGCUCGAGCUCACGCGCGCCUCGUCGGGGCUCCACCCGGAGGCGUACGCCGCGCUCACGCCCGCCGUCGCCGCCUCCUGCGCGUCGAUGCUGGUGGCGCGCGCGCUGCUCGCGCCGGCCGCGCCCGUCGGCGGCCACUUUGUUUACUCCUCCUCCGUCGACUCCGCUCUCGACGGGCGUGCCCUCGCCGCCAUCUCCCUCGGUGCCGGGCUGGGCGGCGCCUUGAUCGGUCAUCUCUUCCUCGCGGCGGUCGCGGCGGUGCGGAGGCCACUCUGGCCUCAGGCGCCGGCCGGCGAGGCGUGCGAGGCGGCGGUGGAGCGGCGGUGGGCGUGCGGCCCAGAGGCGCGGCAGGGCGGCGUCGGCGCGGCGGUCGGCCUGCUCUCUCUCCUCUUCCCGCAGACGCUCUUCUGGGGCGAAGGCAGCCUGCAGCACCACCACCUUCUCGAUGCGCUCCUGGUUGCGGUAGGACGCCGCUGCGUCAUCUUCCCCCUCUUCUUCGCGGCGGCGGCCGUCGCGCACGGCUUUGCCGGAGUGGUGCCGGCGGCGCUGAUGCCCGCGUGGGUGAUGAGCCUUAUGGCGGCGACGCAGGCGUCGGUGACGCGCACCCCCCUCGCGACGGUCUUCAUGCUCGGCCUCUCCGCCGCCGCUUCGGCGCAGCUGUCGGUGCUGCUGCCGCCGGUCAUCAUCGCGUCCUACGUCGGGGUGUGGGCGUCGCGGGCCCUCUCCACCGCCACCUUCUUCCCGUACAAGAGGGUGGACUGAGUUUGGCCUUCCAGUGUUCCACACGCCACCGCAUGCGCCCUGAUGGAUUCCGGCGACGUACAACCGUACAAGUAGAGCCGAGUGUGUAAACGUCAGUCAUGAGGGAGCGACCGACACCGAGAGAGACCGGGAGAUUGAUAGACGUUGACGAGAG